UCGGGAUCGGGAUCGGGAUCGGGAUCGGGACCGGGAUCGGACACCGGGCACCACACCGGACACCGGGACCGGGCACAGCCUCGGUCUCCACACCGCGCUCGCUCCGCAGCCCCCGAGCGGCAGGGCCGGCCCCGCUGCCCCGGUAGCGGCCCCCGGCUCCCCUCAGCCAUGUCGGUGGACCCCAUGGCCUACGAGGCGCAGUUCUUCGGGUUCACUCCCCAGACGUGCAUGCUGCGCGUCUACAUCGCCUUCCAGGACUACCUGUUCGAGAUGAUGCUGGUGGUGGAGGGCGUGAUCCUCAAGAAGCUGGACGCGAUCCCCGGCUGCCAGAUCAGCCCCUCGCAGAUCCGCAAAUGCACCGAGAAGUUCCUGCUCUUCAUGAAGGACCACUUCGACAAACUCUUCGGCAGGAUGGAGGAGGUGCUGCUGCAGCUGGUGCUGAACAUCCCCAAGAACGUGCUGCUGCCCGAGGACAAGGUGCACGAGCAGUAUCCCUGCAGCAAGGAGGAAUUCCAGGCGCUGCAGGAGGAGCUGCAGCAGCUGCAGCAGCAGUGCAGGGCCGAGGCGGCCGCGGGGGAGGCUCUGAGGGCCGAGCUGGAGGAGCAGAAGGCUGUCCUGGGGGAGCUGGAGAAGAUCGUGCAGUGUUUCAAUGGGCUCGAGAACAUCUGCAGGGAGCACGGGACCGGCAACUUCAAGGAGAGCUUUGCCUUCCUGACGCAGAACUCGAAGAGGCUGCAGGAUGCGCUCAAAGAGGUCGAGGAGAAGAGCAAAAAAAUGGAGCAGGAUGAGAAGUUACUGUAAUGGAAGUGCUGGCAAGGCAACAGAAGUCGUGUGGAGAGCUUGCUAAAAUGGUUGAGACUUGUCUCCCUUGCUCCUCUCAUCCUGCCAGGAGCUGGACUAAAAGUUGAACCUCCCUAGGGAGGAAAUCCUGUAAAAUGUAACUCAGAAUUGGUGACCUGGAAUAAACUUUGGGUUGGAUAACCUGGCUGUGAAGGUGCCUUCCUGGCCACUGAACGUUUCCUUUGAACACAACACUGCACGUGCCUAUCUUGAGGAUUAUAAAAACCAGUCUCAUUAAGACUUGCAGGAAUGUUUAGGUGGGUUUCCAGCCUGAUGGCAGUGCAGGUGAUGGUGCCAUGAGGACAAGGGGACUAAUAAUUUAUACUUUAUUAGCA